GGCAUACCAUGGAAAAUCGAUUUUAUUGGAAAAAAAUCUUAUAUACUUCAGUAAAAUAUCGGAAAAUAAUAAUAAGCUGUGCGUGUAUUGUAAAACUGUUCGUUGUGUUUGUAAUCAAAAACACUAUAUCUACCAAGUUGUAUUCUGGAUAUUUUUAAAAAGAUUCGAAGUGUUGUCGUGCAUAUUUCGCGGCACUCGCGUUCUUUCCUAUAAUUCUAACAAGUCACCUAGACAGUUCUAAGUGAUAUAUCGCGCAUCCUUCAGUGCAAUUUUUGAAAACAAUUUUGUUUUGUUAAAUAUGGAGAAAAUGUCGCGCAUUACGUUCGUACUCGUUAUACUGGCCUGUUUGAAUCACUGGUGCGCUGCAAGUUUUCAACUGAAUGUUGAUAUGCCAACAUUGCCCAAUAUUAUACCAAUUACUAAACUACCGCCUGGUAUAUCUACAUGCGUCAACACUGAUUUAGAUAUCAGUACAUGCGUUAAAAAUAAACUAAAAGAGAUGAAACCACGACUUAAGAAUGGCUUUCCUGAAUUAAGUAUACCGCCGCUUGAUCCUUUGGUCAUAGGAAGUCAUAAGGUAGAAAUAAGCGACGAUUUCGCAUCAGGAUACUUGAACGUACACAAUUUGAUUAUACGUGGCAUAAGUGAGAGCACUGUGGAAAAUGUAAAGGUUGAAAUGUAUGGCGAUCACGUGAAACUGCAAUUAUCUACGAAAUUGCCAAGCAUUGAGAAACAAGGCGCUUUCCAAGGAGAGUUGACGACAGAAGGUAUGGCUCUGCGUCCAGAGGGUCAGUUCAAUAGCAAAUUGACUGAUUUGCAGCUGGAUAUCGAGGCAGAAGGUGAUCUCACGGAGCGAGAUGGUCAUAAAUACUUGCGAUUGAAGUCAUUUAAUGUUAUACCACAAAUCGGAGAUUUGAAGUUUGAAGCCAACAAUAUACUGCCAGAUGCAGGCUUAAAUUCAGUUAUCUUGAGCGUUAUAAAUUCACAUUGGCGUUCAUUUUACAAACUUGUAGUGAGAGAAACGCGCUCAACUUGGGAACCCAUUGCUUUGUACGUAGCAAAUGCAUAUUUUGACGCUGUGCCAUUUGAUUUGUUCAUUGAUACGCCUUAAAAAUAUAAAAAAAUUAACAGUACAUUACGCAUUAGCGUUAAUUAUAUAUUACUAUAUGUAUUUAAUGAAAAUGGAUGUACACGUUGUUAAUAAAAGAAUUAUGGAAUAAUAAAUGAUUUUUUUUUAAAGC